ACGACGUCGGCGUUGAAACGACAACAAAGGCAGUUGAGGCUGUCGGGUCGUUGUCAGUUGGGUGUCUGCGGCUUUAGUUAGCAUCCGUUGAGAGAGAAAGAGAGAGGGUCGGAGGAGAAAGAAAGAGAAAGAAAAGGGUUGAGAAAUGGAAGGGAGAAGAACUGGGAUAAUCGUACGGCUGCUGUUGAUUAUAAGCGUAAGCAACUUUUUCAUCCAACAGUGUAAAGCUUCCAUUCACGAUUACAGAAGAGAAAGUUUCAGUCCUCAGUCAAAUGCUUUCUUCUUCCAUGGCGGAAGUGAAGGCCUUUACGCUUCUAAGGUCCACGAUUCCAACAAUGACUUGUCCAAAGACAAGCCCCUUAAGGGCAAGUCCUUCAUCAGGUUUGAAACUGUGUCUUUUGUGAGGACGAAAGAGUCAGCAAGUAAGCAACACGAAAUGCAGCAGAAUACUGGUUUGGUGGAAGCUAUAAUAUUUGAGGUCAAAGACAGGGAAAGAAUUGGAGGUUCUUAUCUGAAAUCUGAAAUGAUAUGCUGCAAUGAAAGUCUUUCCAACUCUGGAGCCUGCACCUUAGGAGAGGUUAUUAUCCAUAAAAACCCUGACAACCCCGAGUGGCCAAAGCGCAUCAAAACGUUCUUUCAGGGGAAGCAUGAAGAGGUUAAAAUGUCUCCUCUGACAGUUGAUAUUGAUAGUACCGGAAUGUAUUACCUUUAUUUUAUGUUCUGUGAACCAGAACUGCAGGGAACCGUAAUCAGAGGUAGGACUGUAUGGAGGAACCCAGAUGGUUAUUUGCCUGGAAAGAUGGCUCCUUUAAUGACAUUCUAUGGCUUUAUGUCUUUAGCCUAUCUGCUACUCGGCCUAAUCUGGUUUCUAAGGUUUGUUCAGUUUUGGAAGGAUAUUAUACAGUUACACUACCAUAUUACUGCAGUAAUUGCCCUUGGAAUGUGUGAAAUGGCUGUUUGGUACUUCGAAUAUGUCAAUUUUAACUCAACUGGAACUAGACCAAUGGGCAUUACAUUGUGGGCGGUAACUUUUAGCUCUGUUAAGAAGACACUUUCUCGCCUUCUGCUUUUGGUGGUUUCCAUGGGCUUUGGUGUGGUGAAGCCUACGCUUGGUGGUAUAACCUCGAAAGUACUUCUUCUUGGAUUAAUAUACUUUGUGGCAUCAGAGGCACUUGAGCUUGUUGAGCAUUUAGGGAACAUAAAUGACUUCUCAGGAAAAACAAAGAUAUUUUUGGUCCUGCCUGUUGCCUUCUUAGAUGCCUGGUUUAUUUUAUGGAUUUUCUCAUCUUUAUCAAAAACUCUAGAGAAGCUUCAGAUGAGGAGAAACAUGGCUAAGUUGGAGCUGUACCGAAAAUUUACCAAUUCACUUGCAGUUUCUGUGCUACUCUCGAUAGCUUGGAUUGGCUUUGAGCUGUACUUCAAUGCUACUGAUCCGUUGAGUGAGCUGUGGAAAAUUGCCUGGAUCAUUCCAGCUUUCUGGACUUUGCUUGCAUACUCUCUACUGGUAGUGAUUUGCGUCCUUUGGGCUCCUUCACGUAACCCAACUAGAUAUGCAUACUCAGAGGAGGCAGGGGAUGAACUAGAUGAGGAGGGCAUUGCAUUAACAAGCAGCAGUGCUACUAAUUUGAGUGGCAUGGCAGCUAAAGGAGAUUCACACAUUGGACUUGGUGAAGAUCUGGAGGAGGAUAAGCGAGAAUAGAAAUCUUUGGAGAUGUUAUGGUACUAGAGUAUGCGAGGAAUUGAAAUCAAGAAGAGAAGAAUGGUACCUUAUAUAAAACAAAAUCAGAGUUGAACCAUAAUGGUGAAGCUAAUCAUGCUUUUCAUGGAGGCUUACUUCAUCUCAUUGGCAAAUGUAACUAUUUUGCUGGUUUUAAUUGGGGCUGAUGGUUCUUCAUGUACCACAUUGUAAAUGUUAUUUGUUGACAGGGUUUCGUAUUCGAAUUAUAUUUUUCACUCAAUUAAUGCACCUUUUGUUGA